AUGGCCGCCUCAACUCAGUCAACGGCCCCUGCGCCUAAAGCUCAAAAGAAGGGCGGGUUUUCACUUCCUUUUCUCUACCGAUUCUUUUUCCUCCUUGUCGAACCCAUCUCGGCGCUCGUUGGCGCAUAUUUUGCCCUCUUCGAUCAAGAGACCUACCUGAGGCUCACUCAUGCCGCCUCUGCCACUUCGCCGAUCCCGACAAGCACAUCGAUUGUACUGUCUCAGCUUGGGAACCUGUAUUUCUUCUUUGCUAUCAACGAAGCUCUUGUGCUCAGAGCUACAUCUGAUAUCGUCGUGUGGAGGACCGUCCUUUUCUGCCUUCUCGUUGGCGACCUCGGCCACCUGUAUACAGUCAAGCAGCUGGGCGUGCAGAUCUACUGGGACAUCUUCAACUGGAACGCCAUUGAUAUUGGGAACAUUCCGUUUGUGUGUCUUGGGGCAACCAUGAGAAUUGCGUUCUUGGCCGGCAUUGGUUUCUCGUCGACGAAAGGGACGAAAUCAGCGAAGGCAGCAUAA